CGGCUCCUAAAUGGUUGCAAAAAAUAUCCGGUCUCCGAGCUGAAAAGUGAACCAAAAUGCACUUUUCAUGCUUUUCCCGAACUUGUUUAUUUUCCACCGCCACUCCGUUUUCAAGAAUCUGUCUCUCGUCCAUCUGAAAUAUCUUACCUGUUUCUCCGACCAUAUUUUAUCGCGAUGAAGAUUCGGUUGAGUAAUAAGAUUUACAAAGUUUGACAAAGCCGGGGGAGUCUUUAGCUUUGCAAUCCACAUCUUUCAUGGAUGAAGCAGUGAGAAUAGGUAACUACGACGCUGGAAGCGCCGCCGGUGGAUAUGGAGAUAGGGUGAUGGAGUGGGAGGACGGUCUUCCACACGGAGACGAUCUCACUCCAUUGUCUCAAUCGCUAAUCCCGCCGGGGCUGGCCUUCGCGUUUCGGAUUUCACCGGAGCCACUCCGGACCAUGCUCGAUGUGAAUCGCGCCUCGAACAUGACGUUUGCAUCUCUGCAGGGGGGGAAGCAUCAGACGAUUUCGUCCCUGAAUCUUAAUAAUUUUAAGCCGUUUGACGAAGAUCUGAACAAGGAGAGGAUUAUUACGGACGACGAUACGGAUCUGACACGAGAAGGAUCUGAUUCAAGGAAGAAUCGGCGGAUUGAGACCGGAGGAGGUGGGGUAGAGGAGGCCGACGACUCGGCUAUGCGGGAUGGAAACUGCGGAGAUGGUUCGUCCGCCAAAACUGCUCAGAAGCGGCAGAGGCUCGUUUGGACGCCGCAAUUGCACAAGCGAUUUCUGGACGUGGUGGGACAUCUCGGCAUCAGCAAGGCAGUGCCCAAGACGAUUAUGGAGCUCAUGAACGUAGAGGGACUCACUAGGGAGAACGUCGCCAGUCAUUUACAGAAGUAUAGGCUCUACCUAAAGAGGAUGCAAGGGUUUCCAAACGAGGGGCCUUCUUCAGCCUCGGAUAGGUUGUUUGCUUUGACGUCUUUGCCACAGAAUUUGCCAGAAUCUGGUCGCAGCGGCCAUGGACAUGGACACCAUCAUAAUAGCAAUGAGUCCAAUGAUCACAUAUCGGUGCCGAUUCCUUUGCCUUGCCCGCACCAAAUACUUCCCAUGCCAUUGUUUGGUAUCACUCCUGAUGGAAUCAAUGGGAAGAUGGGAAACCAAAAUGGUGGACCUCCUAGUCAUCUUCAUCAUCAGUAUUAUAUGGGCCAACAAAGGGACUGGCCAGGAAACCAAUUUGGUGCAUAUCAUCAUGUUCCUCCAACUGAAAAGUAACUACUUGCUCAAGCUGUCAGCACUAAAAUCAAUGAGGUCAGACUGUGCAUGUAAAUGACCCUUUUUACACGAAGUACUCUAAUUCAUGUGUUUGAUACUACUCCGUAUUUCGUUGUAAGGAGUUUACAUGAUUAUUGUACUCAGCCUCCCUAAAAGUUUGGCCAAAGUUGACUUUAACCUGGAUUAAUAAAGUAAAAACCGUGUAGUUGAAAUUUGUGCAGAGCAGAGAGAAUUAAUUUUACCCAUAUAUUCCUUACUUAAAUGGAAAUGACAAAUCUUUUUGGGACAUUCAAAAAAAGAAAUUUGGCCAAUCUUUUCGGGAUGGAAGGAGUAGAAUUUUGCUGGGAAAUUUUAGUUGUGAGAAUUAUAUGUAGAUUAACAAUUGAUGUAUUACUGCUAUUAGUAGAAGAGCUGUUGUUCCUGUUGUGAGGUUGAAAAUGAAGAUGUAUGGUUGAGAUUCGAAAUAAAAUAAUUGAAAAAAUAAAACCUGUUUUCUUUUUUCUUUUUCAAGGAAAAAGGAAGAUUUUUCGGGACUCACCAAAAAAGGAAAAUAGGAAUAAGGAAGGACACUCCAUGCUCUGAUAGUUUCUUGGAUUGUCAGAUGAUAAGAAGACCCUCCAAGCUGUGAUUGUUAUCCCCAUUCUUAGCUUAUAAGCAAAAAUGGCAAAAUGUGAAUUUGGGCUGCAUCCUGGACAGAGUUAUCUUUUUUAAUCAUGUUUACAGUUAUUCUGUCCAGUCCAUAUACGACCAUUUUUUAAAUAAAUACUCCCUAUUUUAUUAGAGUACUUAUUAGUUGUACUGGACAGAGUUAUCUUUUUUAAUCAUUUUUAUAGUUAUUCUGUUCAGUCCAUAUACUACCAUUUUUUGAAUAAAUACUCCCUAUUUUAUU